AUGUAUAUUGCAAAGUUUAUUGAGAUUCUUGACCUCGCUAACGUCGAUAACCUCAACAAUGUCACGUAUCACACUCUAGUUGACUGGAUAAAGAGUGGUAUAGUCCGCUACUAUGACAGUCUGCAAACCACUCAUCCCGAUCUCACAACCUUCAAGGAAGCCGGCGGCAAGCUCCUCCACUACCACUGCGAAUCCGAUCCUAGCAUCCCAGCCGGCUCUUCCGUUCACUACUGGCAGUCUGUCCGAUCCAUCAUGUAUCCAAAACUGUCUGAUAAGAACCAGUUCUAUCUCGUGCCUGAGCAGCUCACUGUGGCACGAACUCUCUUCAGCCAGGUCCUUAUCCUCAGAACAACAUAA